GUGAGCGUGUGUGGGUGUACCGGCGGUGUCUGUACUGUAACAACGGGGAGGCGGACGUCCAACUUAUACAGCCAUGGAACCUAACUUCCAUCUUCCAAGAUCAGUUCCAUAACUUCAUGGGACACAAGUUUAAGAUAGUAGCAGUAUCUUACUUCCCUUAUAUCGACUAUAAGCGAAACAGUGAUAAGCCAGGUAGUGAAGUCACACUCAAAGACUCACUUGACGCCAGGCUGCUGGAAGCUUUCGCUUCAGUUCUAAAUUUCACUUUUCAGAUUCACGAGGAGCCAAAUCGCUCGUGGGGGCUGGAGAACAAUGGUAUCUUCAGUGGGAUGAUGGGUCAACUACAACGAGAGGAGACCGACUUUUGCACUGAGUCUGCGCCGACCCCAGAGCGUCUUAAGGCUGUUGAGUACGCCAGGGGGUAUCCCUCUGACAUCAUGAUUGUUACAUCUCUCAAGCCCACGUUGUUACCCCAAUAUCUCUCACUCGUGAGACCAUUUGCAGGAGACCUCUGGAUUGCGCUGCUAGUAGGCGUGGUGGCGUGGAGCGUAAUUAUGUGGGUACUGCAAAGGGCGUGGUGGUGGGUGGCAGGAGGUAGUGGUGUUAAGUUCAACACCGCCCUCCUUUACGGCUGGGGCGCCCUCCUGGAGCAGCCACCAGCCGACCCCUCUAUUAAUAUCUCUGGUCAGAUGCUCAUCGGGUUGUGGCUGUUGUUCAGUCUCGUUAUCACCACCGGGUUUCGAUCAUCUCUGAUCGCACAUCUCACAGUCCAGGGUACAUCGAAGCCUGUGGAGACUCUCGAGGACAUUCUUAAAGAAGACAGCUGGAGGUGGGGCACAGAAAGCAAACUCUACAAGGGGGCCGUAAUAGAGUACUUCUCAAAACACAACGACCGAGUGGUCAAGCAAAUACAUCAAGGACUGGAGAUUCUUGACUCGGAGAAGGCACUGCAGAAGGUGUUGGACGGGGGUUACUCUUUAAUUGUGUUUAAGAACUACAUCAGUGUCAUCGUCGCUUCUCGCUACACAGACGCUCGAGGCCAGACCCCCUUCUUCAUCAGUAAUAAAGGCAUCUCUGUAUUGGCUAACCUAGGCUGGGGCUUCAGGAAAGGCGCACCAUUCUACCCUCGCUUUAGCAAGUUAAUGUUGCGGUUGGAAGCUGCUGGGCUCACGAGCUAUUGGACUGACAACGUGAUAGCCAGACGCGUGAGAGAGAAUCGGGCAACUACAGCACUAGACUCGCAGGCACCCCAAGGAGACACAACUCAGCAGUUGUCCGUAGUCAGGUCACAGGUUGUGCUGGGACUGAACCACCUGCAGGGCGCAUUCUACGUGCUCUUCCUGGGCUAUAUUGUAGCUUUCCUCACCCUGCUGUGGGAGAAGGUUGCUCACUUACGCUCUUCUCCUCAGUAAAGUUACUUCUCAUCAACACUGCUGAACCAUCCGUAAUGAAUAGAAUUGCUUUUCUGAUAAUAUACUCCCUUUCCAUGUCUUGUUUAAGAGGACGGACAAAUUUAGUGAAAAUUUUAUACUAGGCGUUUGAUGGUUGAGUUAUUAUAUUCCAGUUAUAUUAGGAAUAUAUAUAUAUAGGAGAAAUUUAUACAGGAUAUGUCUUACUAGAGAGUGUAAAUAAAGUUAGUAUAGUCUUUAAAUGUAUCUUGGCUGUUGGUGGAAUAGCUAUUACAAGUGAUCGUGGGCCCUUCCUGCCAGGUGGCGAGUCCGGUGGUACAGUUUACCAAAGCAUGAAAGUUCGAACGCUCGUGCUUGGCUAGAGCGUAACCGCCGUCCUUCUGACAGGGUACAGCGACAUCGUUUUCCAGCGUAAAUAAAAUAGUUAAUUAAUGCCUUCCUAAAGAAACCAUC